AUGAACGGAUGGACGGACGACGGACGGACGAUAAUGUUGGACGUUUGUUCUUACAUUAAUGUUAUACGUUUUAUCGCAGGAUCCUCACCCAGUCGUCUGGCGACGAGCAGAACGACUGAGAGCGCCGACGAGAGGAUCGCCCCUGUUCCGGAAUCUCCUAAACAAAAGGUGGGGUCGCGUCUGGGGAUGCGGAGGGAUCCGUGCGCCGCAUGCGGGUUGCCGGUCUUCUUGGCGGAGAAGUUGCUGAUAGCGCGCGCUCCUUAUCAUCGUACCUGCUUCCGGUGCGCCCGCUGCGCCAACCAGCUGACGCCGGGCAACUACUACGAGACCGAGGAGGGCCAGUACUGCUGCGAGACGUGUCCGGACGAGGAGGAGCCCGCCAGUGUGCGUCACAAGUACGCCGAGAUGUCCUCUGACGGGGAAAGGGAGAGGGACGAGCCGCCGUUGAGGCCGCUCAGCGACGAGGAGAAAACGGAGAGAAAGGCUGUGUUGGAGAACGCUGCGGUGCCCGAUCUGAUCUCCCACACGUCGCAGAUGCGAAAGAACUUCAUGACCAGCCACCUUCUUUCCGAGAAGAUCGACGAAACUACCGUGAAGGAUACGACUGCGAGCGCGAAGAUCGACUCGGAUCGUCGCGAGGAGAGAAAAAGCAGGGUCGACUCGGCAUUCCCAGACGACGACGACGAAAAUAAGGAGGAAGAGGAGGAGGAAGAGGAUAUUGAUGAUGAUGAUGAUGAUAACGAUGAUGAUAAUGAUAAUGAUGAUAAUAAUGAUGAUAAUGAUGAGGAAGAGGAGGAAGAGGAGGAGAAAUCCUCCGCGACGGAUUCCCCCGAUGUGCAGGAAUCCAUCGUCGAGCGAUACAAUGUACAUAGCGCGUUAAAUAGCUUAGACAUUAGGAGCGACGAGGAUCAACGAUCGACUGCCAUUUCAUUCCAUGACAUAGGUAAAAAGAGGAGAGAGGAGGAUACCAAAGAGUCGCCAGGGCGCGCCGGUGAUCGAGCCAAUUCUGAAAUAAAAUUGUCGUUGGUUCAGAAGAGACUCCAAAUGUUCGAGGUGCUGGAUAAAAGGGAUCGCAUCGAUAGAACGAAUCAAAGCAGAAAAGAAAGUCCAAUGGCUCAGAGCGACUCCUGGGACCUGGCACCGGACAUUCUUCCAGUGAAUGAGGAAGAACGUUCGGAAAAGAGGCUCGAAGAAGACUCGAUGAUUAAAAAUACUGAUAAAAAUAACUUCGAGAAUGUCGGCACACAGCGAAAGGAAGACUCGAAGAUUACAAGUAGCGAGAGGAGCAAGGAGAAUUUGUCAAAAGAUGUCAUACAAGUGAAUAAUGAAGAGCAUCUUGAGGAUAACUCGAAAGUCCGAAGCAUCGAAAAACGAAAGGAGAGUUUCGCGAAGCUCGAGAAAAAACGAAGCGAGGAUAAUGAGAUGGACACGGAACAUUACGAGACUGUCAAGGGAAGCGGCGUGCUAACCGCGAAGGGCAUCGAUUUAAGUGACAAUGAGGAUUAUCCAAAGGAUCUGAAUCCCUUCAAGAGUGACGAAGAAGACAGUAUGGAGGACAAACUACGGACUGCAGUAGAUAGCUCUAGGAACAACAAAGUAUCGACUAAUCCAUUUGACAGCGAGAAUGAGGAUGUCGAGGAACCGGAACCGCCGAAGCCGGCGGCGAGGAGUAAACUGGAGAAUCGAGGAAUCAUAACGGAAACGUCCGUGACCAAGCGAAUCCUCGCCGCGCCGCAAAUUAAUCUUAAUCCAUUCUGGAGCGACGAGGAAGAAGAGUAUGUCAGCGACGAGGAAAAACGGAACAAAACGCCACAAGGAAACGUGCCUGUACCGAAACCACGUACUAUCAAGACUACUGAGAUAAGCGUCAUACCACGAAAAACCAAUUUAGAUCGUGGAGGCAUGUACGCGUCUAACAGUUCCUUAACCAGUUCCGAAUCAACUAUAACUCCUAGUGGGACGUACAGGAAGAAGAAACCUGCGCCGCAGCCACCAGUCGCGAAAGAACUAUUUCCGUCCGAUCAGCGCGAAGCGCCUAUACUCAAAUCGUGUAACAGCUCAUUACCCUCGUAUCACGACUCAUCGCCUCGUAACACAACGCCACGAGCUCGGAAAACCAAGCCAGCUCCUCCACCACCAAUGCCGACUAGCACACCUCGCAAUGUCUCGACUGACAGUGUGCUAAGUUUCGACGAAUCUCCCAUAAUCAGAUUUCGCAGCGAUGAUCGUAACUUGAGCAUGUGGGAAGAUCAGAAGACAAACAAAGACGAGACAAAUCGAAACAGACAGAGCUUGAGCAACGUUACGUGCGACAAUCCCUCUUGCACGUCUUUCACCGACAAAAGCGUGCAAGGGAAGUGGAAAAGGAAGAAGGGUCCCGCUCCACCGCGGCCAAUUCCGCAUAGGAGAAAGAUCAAAGUGUUAUCUAUGAAAGACGUGAAAUUAGAAUUAGAUGAGAUAGAAUUGCAACAGCAAGGCUUAGAGAGACAAGGUGUGCGAUUAGAACAGUUGAUACGAGACAAGUGUGAAUCGGGACCUAGAACAGAAGAUUCGUCGCUUGGCACGGAUGUGGAGGAACUGGUUUUGGAAUUGUUCGCAUUAGUAAAUGAGAAAAAUGAACUGUUUAGGAGACAGGCCGAAUUAAUGUUAUUACGGAGGCAACAAAGAUUGGAAGAAGAACAUGCCGAAGUAGAAUAUCAAAUACGAUGUCUCAUGUGCCAACCAGAAGCUACUAAAACGGAUUUUGAUAAACAGCGGGAGGAAACGUUGAUACAAAGGUUAGUAGAAAUCGUGGAGAGAAGAAACGAAAUUGUCGAAUGUUUAGAAAUGGACCGUCGAAGAGAAGUAGAAGAAGAUAGAAGCAUAAAUAAACAUAUGGGUUUAUUUGCUGCGAGGAACAAGAAUGAGCUAUCAAGCAAAGAUAAUGAUUCUUCUAGUACAGGAAAGACGAAGAAGGAAAAAGAGAAAAAAGAAAAGAAAUUGAAAAAGGUUACGAAAAAGGAUGCCGACAAGGAUGUGGAUGAGACUGAGGUGAAACUCAAACGCCAUAGCAAAAGAAGAUGGUUUUGAGUUGCGACGGUGUUAACAGUUAACAAUUAUAGUAGAUAUAAAAAAUAUAUAUAUAUUUCGUAUUUAAUACUUUUAUAUAU